AUGAAUCUGAAUAAGGGAGAAAAACAUUUGGAGACCGGUGAGGCUUCUGUUGCCCAUUCCGAGUUUGUUGGAUAUGGCUACAUGGAGGCUCCUCGUGUUACUUGGUGGAAACAUCGUGGGUUGCGCAAGUUGUAUCCGAUGAUGCCUAUCCUGUUUCUCGGUGCAACGAUCAAUGGGUAUGAUGGCUCUCUUUUGAAUGGGCUUCAGACUAUGACUCCGUGGCAGGAUUAUUUCAAUAGCCCGAGUGGUUCUACCCUGGGUCUUUUCACUGCUAUUCAGAAUAUUGGUGGUGUUUCUUCUUUGCUCUUCUCAUCCUAUAUUGCUGAUUUCCUCGGAAGAAGGGCUGGUGUGACCAUCGGGUUGAUCAUUCUAUUUGUCGGGACAAUCAUCCAGGUGGUCCCCUCGGUCGAUUCCAACAUGUUCCUGGCAGGAAGAUUCCUCGUGGGUCUUGGAUCAAACGUGAGUCAGGGAUCCGCCCCUCUGCUCAUAACAGAGCUUGCCUACCCCCAACAUCGCGGAAAGUUGACAACAAUGUACAACACAUUGUGGUAUUUGGGAUCGAUUGUUGCUGCAUGGACCGUCUUUGGAACAAUCAAAUAUACCUCUGAAGCAGCAUGGAGGAUCCCAGUGGGUAUGCAGGCCGCUAUGCCUUUCAUACAAAUCUGUGGUAUCUGGUUCCUCCCGGAGAGUCCUCGCUGGCUAUGUGCAAAGGACCGCCCAGAUGAAGCUUUUGAUAUCCUUGUCAAGUACCAUGGAGCUGGCGAUAGAGAUGAUCCCUUCUGUUCAUUUGAGUUCCACGAGAUUCAACAGACCAUCCUCAUGGAAAAGAGAAAUUCCAAUGCUGGUUGGCAAGUCCUGGUUCAGACUCCAGGUAAUCGAAAGCGAAUGCUGCUCAUCGCACUGGUUUCGUUCUUCUCACAGUGCUCCGGUAAUGGAUUGGUAUCGUAUUACCUUCACGAUAUCCUUUCUUCUGUUGGCAUCGAGUCAUCUUAUGACCAGUCUAUGAUCAACGGGGCGUUGCAGAUUUGGUCUUUCCUAGUUGCUAUUGGGUUUUCCGCUUUCCUCGUUGACAUACUUGGCCGAAAGACAUUGUUCAUGAUUGCUGGUGUUGGUAUGCUGAUUAGCUUUUCUAUCUGGACUGGUUGCUCCGCGGUAUAUGCCCAGACGGGAAAUAACAGCGCUGGCUCCGCAGUGAUCGCCAUGAUAUUCCUCUUCUAUGGUGUUGCAGGAUUCGCAUGGCCAGGUCUCACAGUGGCAUAUGUGGCUGAAAUUCUUCCGUUCAACAUUCGAGCCAAGGGUAUUGCGGUUUGUUUGGCCCUGACAGCUCUGUCAUCCGUUUUCAACCAGUAUGUCAACCCAAUCGGCCUGGAAGCUCUGAAAUGGCGGUUCUAUUUCGUAUAUAUAGCGAUCCUGGUUGUCGAGUGUAUUUGUAUUUGGUUCAUCUUUGUGGAGACAAAGGGACCAACACUUGAGGAGAUUGCAGCGUUGUUCGAUGGCGAAGAUGCAAACGUGGCCAGCAACGAGCUUCGACAAGAGACCAAAUCUAUGAAUACUCCCGGGACAAAUAGCACUUAG